AUGUCGAGGGUGCGCGCGGUGGCGGUCGCCGCCACCGCCGGCUCCGCCGCGUUCAUCGCGUGGGACGCCAACGACAGGAAGGGCGGCGUCGGCGUCACGCGCGCGGUCACCGCCACCGCCACCGCGGCGCUCAUCGUCGCGGACUACAAGCUCUGCCUCGCCGGCUUGGAGAAGAACUCUCCCCAAUUUCUCGACGCCAGGAAUAAAGUCCACGAGCGGUCCGCCGCCAGGCUCCUGCGCCUGUGCGAGCGCAACGGGGGGCUGUACACCAAGGCCGGCCAGUUCAUCAGCACGGCGAGCGGCAUGCCCGCGCCGUACCAGCGCCACCUCUCCAAGCUUCAGGACAGCGCCAGGCCGCUGGAGUGGUCGGACGUUCGCGAGAUGGUGGCGAACGAGCUCUCGCCCCGAGCGGUGGAACACCUCGUGAACUUCGGCGGGGGGAACGACGUUCGCGACGCCACGGCUCUCGGCGCCACGGAAUUGUCCGACGAGGCGGCGGCGAACGCGGUGAAACGGAGCGCGGGGGCGACGAACGAGCCGGUACUCGCCGGCGGCGUCAGCGGGUCGACGUCGUUUAGCGAAUUCGAUCGCGAGCCCAUCGCGGCGGCGUCGCUGGCGCAGGUGCACAGGGCGGUGACCAGCGCCGGCGAGGAGGUGGCGGUGAAGGUGCAGCGACCGGGACUGAGGCGACAGUUCGACGUGGACCUCGCGACCAUGCGCUUCAUCACCGGCGCGAUUUGCGUCGCGUUUCCCUCGUUUGACUUUUCGUUCCUCGUGCCCGAAUUUCGAGACAGGCUCUCGAGGGAACUCGACUUUACGUGGGAGGGUCGAAGCUGCGAACGGACCGGUCGCGCGCUCGCCGACGACGCGCGAAUGGUCACGCCCAAGAUCCACUGGUCCCUCACCACCGGCCGCGUGCUCACCAUGGAGUACGUGCGGGGCGUCAAGGUGGACGACGGGCCCGGGCUGAGAGCCGCCGGGAUCGACCCCGCGGCGGCGGCUUCGGCGCUCGCCGACACGUUCGCGAGGAUGCUCGCGUGCCACGGGUUCGUGCACGGGGAUCCGCACCCGGGCAACAUGCUCGUGCGGCGGCAGCCCAGCGACUUGUCCGCGGGCGGUAACGAUCUCGGCGCGGCGGUGAUGAGUCCGGCGGAGCCGAGCAUCUUGAGCCGGCGCCGGCGGUGGUGGCCGUUUGGCGCCCGGGCCGGGGGCCAGCCGCUGACGGGCAAGGUUCAGAUCGUCCUGCUGGACCACGGACUGUACACGGAGCUCAACGAACGGGAGCGCGUGCGCAUGUGCGAGCUGUGGCACGCGGUGGCGAUGCGGGACCCGGCUCGCGUUCGCGCCGUGAGCGAGGAGAUGGGCGUGCCGAAAUCGCUGCAGUGGAUCCUGCCCCAGCUGAUGGCCAGGCAGACGAGCAACGUCAAGCCGAUGGGCGGGGGCGAGUCCGGGAACGCGGACGCGCCGGGCGGGGACCCGGCGUCCGCGAACCCCCGGUCCGCGGAGGCGGCGCAGGCCCGCGUGGACGGCUUGGUGCGAGGGGGCCGCCCGCCGCUGAGCAUGGACCAGGUGAGCGAGUUCGGCCGAGCGCUCCCGCGGGAGAUGAUGAUCGUGAUGCGCGCCAACGCGCUGAUCCGAAACAUCACGCGCAAGCUCGCUAUCGACGUGGACGCGCACGAGCGCGCGAUGUACGGCGAGGGAACCGGCGGGCGCGGCUUGCUCGGGCUGAGCCUCGGCGGGUUCAUGGGCGGCGACGUGGGGCGAAGGAUGGACCGGCGGCGGCAGUGGGCGAUGGCGCGGUACUCGUGCCUGGGGAUUUCGCUCCCGUCGGCGCUGGCGGAGUGCGGCAGGCGCAAGGGCGGGAUCGCCGCGCUCCCGAUGAGGAUCAGGAUCAAGUGGAAGCUGAGGACCGCGAGGGUGUGGGCGAGGAUAUGGCUGUUCCGAUCGAUGCAGUACGGCGUGAUGAUCGCGAUCCGGACGCUUCCCGAGGGUCUGUCGGAGCCGGUGGUUCAGGGCUUUACCGAGAUGCUCGAGCGAAAGCGGGGAGGCUUACCGGCGGCGUAG